GUCCCAUAAUCAAAUCGAGGAGCUGCCCAGUCUGCACAGGUGUCAGAAGCUGGAGGAAAUCGGCCUCCAACACAACCGCAUCUGGGAAAUUGGAGCUGACACCUUCAGCCAGCUGAGCUCCCUGCGAGCCCUGGACCUGAGCUGGAACGCCAUCCGGUCCAUCCACCCUGAGGCCUUCGUGACCCUAUGCUCCCUAGUCAAGCUGGACCUCACAGACAACCAGCUGACCACACUGCCCCUGGCUGGACUUGGGGGCCUGAUGCAUCUGAAGCUCAAAGGGAACCUGGCUCUAUCCCAGGCCUUCUCCAAGGACAGUUUCCCAAAACUGAGGAUCCUGGAGGUGCCCUAUGCCUACCAGUGCUGUGCCUAUGGUGUCUGUGCCGGCUUCUUCAAGGCCUCUGGGCAGUGGGAGGCUGAGGACUUUCACCUUGAGGAGGAGGAGGCUCCGAAGAGGCCCCCGGGCCUUCUGGCUGGACAAGCUGAGAACCACUAUGACCUGGAUCUGGACGAGCUCCAGCUGGAGAUGGAGGACACAAAGCCACACCUCAGUGUCCAGUGUAGCCCCAUUCCAGGCCCCUUCAAGCCCUGCGAGCACCUCUUCGAGAGCUGGGGCAUCCGCCUGGCUGUGUGGGCCGUCGUGCUGCUCUCCGUGCUCUGUAACGGGCUGGUGCUGCUGAGCGUCUUUGCUGGCGGGCCCGGCCCCCUGCCCCCGGUCAAGUUUGUCGUAGGGGCAAUUGCGGGUGCCAACGCCUUGACGGGCAUUUCCUGUGGCCUCCUAGCCUCCGUCGACGCCCUGACCUUUGGCCAGUUCUCCCAGUAUGGAGCCCGCUGGGAGAUGGGGCUGGGCUGCCAGGCCACAGGCUUCCUGGCCGUCCUGGGGUCCGAGGCCUCCGUGCUCCUGCUCACCCUGGCCGCCGUGCAGUGCAGCAUCUCUGUCUCCUGCGUCCGGGCCUACGGGAAGGCCCCCUCCCUGAGCAGCGUGCGAGCCGGGGCCCUGGGCUGCCUGCUGCUGGCCGGGCUGGCCGCCGCCCUGCCGCUCGCCUCGGUGGGAGAAUACGGGGCGUCCCCGCUCUGCCUGCCCUAUGCCCCCCCCGAGGGCCGGCCAGCUGCCCUGGGCUUCGCCGUGGCCCUGGUCAUGAUGAACUCCUUCUGCUUCCUGGUAGUGGCCGGCGCCUACAUCAAACUCUACUGCGAGCUGCCGAGGGGCGACUUCGAGGCCGUGUGGGACUGCGCCAUGGUGAGGCACGUGGCCUGGCUCAUCUUUGCCGACGGGCUCCUCUACUGCCCCGUGGCCUUCCUCAGCUUCGCCUCCAUGCUAGGCCUCUUCCCUGUCACCCCGGAGGCCGUCAAGUCUGUGCUACUUGUGGUUCUACCCCUGCCUGCCUGCCUCAACCCUCUGCUCUACCUGCUCUUCAACCCCCACUUCCGGGAUGACCUGCGGCGGCUCUGGCCCUGCACGGGGACCCCAGGGCCCCUAGCCUAUGCUGCUGCCAGCGAGCUGGACAAGAGCUCCUGCGAUUCCACCCAGGCCCUGGUGGCCUUCUCUGAUGUGGAUCUCAUUCUGGAAGCUUCCGAGGCUGGGCGGCCCCCUGGGCUGGAGACCUAUGGCUUCCCCUCAGUGACCCUCAUUUCCUGUCCGCAGCCAGGGGGCCCCAGGUUAGAGGGCAGCCAUUUUGUAGAGCCAGAGGGAACCCAAUUUGGGAACCCACCACCCUCCAUGGAUGGAGAACUGCUGCUCAGGGCAGAGGGAGCCGUGUCAGCAGGCGGGGGCCUGUCAGUGGGCAGGGCCUUCCAGCCCUCUGGCUCCGCCUUUGCCUCACACUUAUAAAUGUCCCUCCUCACUCUUUGCUUCCCAUCUCUUCCCUUCCCUCCCCUCCCCUCCCACUCCACGAAUGAUGGCUGCUUAUAAAAUAAAUUCAACCACAACUCAAGAGUAUGAUCCACAGUAGGAUGGCCCAGUCCCUGGGCCCUGGGCUCCAUUGGUCUCCUCCCUCCCAUGGCCAUCAUCAACGUGCGCUUCUUAGCCUGGGUUCCCCUUGGCCUUCCUCUGGGCCUCUUCCCUGUCACAUCUGAAGCUGUGGACCAGAGAUCUGGACAUUUGUCUGCCUAAGGGAAAUGAGGGCUGAGGGAAGCACAAAACAGUGACUGAGGUAGGGGGCCGAGCAGGUCAAGGAUCAGGGUACAAUGGGCAGGGGGACCUCACAGGGAAAGACCUAUAAGGGGACUGCCAAAGGCAUUUGGGCAUCUGCCCUUUGACUCGCGGAUUGGACACGAAAUGUGUUCUGUGUCCUGUUAAUCUUGAGAUAUGCCAUGCAAAAAGACUCUCUGUUAAAAUCAGUUUUAGAAGAUACUACACAUUCUGUCCCUUUCUUAGAGAUUCACAGUGCAUAUUAGUAUAGUAACGGCUGCAAGAAUUCCCGCAGGGAUAAAGUCUGUUGACCUUUGUUUAACCCACUUCCCCAAAUUCUUUGACAACAGGUUUUUGUUUGUUUGGUUGGUUUUCAUGGGCUAUCUAUUAACGUCUCACAGAAUGUAACACUGCUCUCUCCCAGGGCCCUCACCUCUAUACCACCUAGUGCUACCCAGUGACAUCACAAGGUGCCACCGAUCCUAGAAAACCCUGAUCGUAGGAGUUUCACCUGGGGUAAAGUUCAUGGUCCCAUCAACCAGAGAAGACUGUCCACACUCUACUUUCCCAUCCCUCUUGCUCUGCCCUGGGAAGGAUGGGGAAGAGGCUGCCUUUGUGGUUCCAGCCUCAGCCCCCCGCAUUGGGGCAGGGGUAAAGGGAUCCCACAUGGGGUCCCACCUCUUCCCCAAGCCCAACCACCAAUGAAACUUCUGCCCUCAAUAAGAGAGAGUUCCCCCGGAUCCUGGCAGGGUACACAGAGGGAAGUCGAUGACUGCCUGGCUUCCUUCUGGCUCUGAGUUGCCCUCUCGUGGUUCUCCACCAUAUGCCUUUUGGCAACUCCUGCCGCAAGCAUAGCUCUUUCUUUGCAUCCCAGGUCCUGCCUUCUCUGGGGCAGGGAGCCCCUGGCCAGCAAACUGGAGGGAUAUUUGCAUUGUAUGUAUUGUUUUGUAGGGAGCAUUAUAGGAAUCUGGGAUCCCUGGGUGCCCCAAAGAAGCAUGACACUUCUGCCUCUCCUGUCAUAACCUUCCUACCUUAGGGUUUACCAAGUGUCUCCGAGUGUUCUAGCGCUCCCCACCCCAAACACACACACACAUUCGAUCUCAGGAUGAGGAGGGGAGAGCUAGAACAUUCUUGAAGACAUAAAAAGGGAAUCCAAGGCUCAGAAAAGGGGCUCUACUAUUAAGACAACUCUGAGAAGGUCCUUCCUAGCCUGCAGUUUAGCUUCUAUCUCCCCACUGCCCCCAGUGCCCAGUGGAAAUUCUGACGCAAGUCCCCAAGGCUGCCUAGGCUGAGGUGAAGGGAUGAGGCAGAGACCAUGAGUGGAACUUGGCACAUUUCUAAAUCUCAUUUGACCAGCUAAGCUGCCUGGACUCUUACGGGCUCUGAAGCUAAAUGUGCUGACCUUGUAAUCACAGAAGGAACUUAGGGUCCUAGCACAGGGUUAACCUCAGAGUAGGCACUCACUAGAUGGUGGGGAAUUCAUUUACCAGUUGGUUGAGAACCGCUGGUCUCCCUGUUUCCCUGAUCAAGAGCCUUUCAUGGAAGGAGUUUGCUCUACUUUGGGUACUGGGAGUUGGUGACUGUUCUGUGGAAAGUUCUCUGAGGUGCCCCAGGGAUGACAAAGUUGGUGUGAUUUGUGGGAGCCUUGACUUCUAGGAAGUCACCCAGGCCCCUCCUCACAGCCAGCCCCACCCCAUGCGGUCACUUCCGCCCUUGGAGCCAGGGAGCCAGUGUUGAGCGGAAUGUGGAGUGAAGUGGCCAUGUGUUGGAGGUUUAGGAGUCAUGGGAACAGUCCCCUACAGGUGGCCUCUUCUAUGAAAAGGGUGCCAGGGAUUUUUGGCUGCAAGCUCUAGGGUGGCACCACUGUCAUCGUAUCAUAUACUCCUAAAGCUCUGGGCAUUUGCCAAGUCUGGCCCUUCUGGACAGAGGAGAGGUGUGGGGGAAGGGAGUAGAGGUGUUCGCCAUGAACUGUUUUCAUUAUUCAAAAAGCCUAGUUGAUGAUGUACAUUUACCCAAAAUAAGUGGUGAAGUAGUUUCUUUGUUUCUGAUGGACUUUUUAGCAAGUCAGUAUGUUACUCUUUUGGUUAUCUCCAUUAUAAUCAGUAGAAGACUUUGAAGGUUUUAUAUGUCUUUGAUGAAACAAAAUCAAAAACCAAAUAACUCAGUGCAUGUGAAAUCUUCCAAAAUGGCGUCCACGGGGAUGAAUCCAUCCAAAGGGCUGCGGUGGAAGAAAUGUUGGGAACUGCCGACCUGGGAUGUGUGGCCCUGGCCUCUGUGUGUUGUGCCUUGGCAAACAGUGCCAACCACAGUCUCCUCGCAGAGCAACUUGUGGAAGAGAACUUUCUAUAGUCAACCAUGGUUUUUAAAGCACCUCUGUACACAUCAAGAGGAAGAGUCCUUAAUUCAGUGCUGAGAUUUGAAGACUAUGGAUUAACAAAGCCUCUAGUUGGGCCUUCUCUUCACCUUCCUCUCCCCACCUCUUUCUCGUCAACCUCCAGGAGGAAGAGUUGACAACAAUUGGUAGGGCCUGAAUAAGUGAGGAUGAUGGGAAGUAGCUAGAAUCCUGAUCCUUUCUGGCACCGUCUUCUCUAACUACCUCUGCUCUGGUGUAGCAAGUUCUCCCACCCACCCGGUAUCCCCUAUAUCACUUCUGGGUUGCAGGCCCAUGCCCUCUCCAGCUGUGUGAAGUGUAAGAAUUGUCACGAUGUAAAUAUUUGGAUUCUUCUGUAUAAUAAAGCACCAGUGAAGUAU